UAUCAUGAUGUUGACGUGGAUGGGGCUGUACCUGUUAAACAACACCCAUACCGUUUAAAUCCUCUUAAAUUGGAACAUUUGAGAAAUGAAGUUAAGUAUAUGUUGGAAAAUGACAUUAUUGAACCCAGUUACAGUGACUGGAGUUCACCAUGCAUAUUAGUUCCAAAGCCUGAUAAGUCAUAUCGUUUUUGUACAGACUUUAGAAAAGUUAAUUCUGUUUCAAUAACUGAUUCAUUUCCUAUCCCUAGAAUAGAUGAUUGUAUUGAUAAAAUUGGUGAUGCACAAUUUGUUAGUAGAUUCGAUCUUUUAAAGGGAUAUUGGCAGGUUCCAUUAACGGAAAGGGCUAAAAGGGUAUCAGCUUUUGUAACACCAGAUGGUCUUUUUCAGUAUAAAGUAAUGCCGUUUGGUAUGAAAAACGCACCAGCUACCUUUCAAAGAUUAGUUAACGGAAUUAUUGCCGAUUUACAAAAUUGUGAGGGGUAUAUUGACGACAUUAUUACUUAUAGUGAUACAUGGGAACAGCACAAGAAUCAGUCAGAUGCUUUAUUUAAGAAAUUAUCUGAUGCUACAUUAACUGUAAAUCUCAUGAAAAGUGAAUUUUGUCAUGCUACUGUAGAAUAUUUAGGCCAUAUUGUAGGUCAAGGACAAGUAAAACCUAUUAAAGCAAAAGUUGAAGCUAUUGUAAAUUUUACUCAGCCGAAUAAUAAGAAAGAAAUGAUGAGAUUUUUAGGUAUGGCUGGUUAUUAUCGGAAGUUUUGUCCAAAUUUUUCAGUUAUUGCUAAUCCCAUGACAGAUUUAUUAAAAAAAGAUGCUAAAUUUAUUUGGUCUAAUCAAUGUGCGAAAGCGUUUGAUAAACUUAAAGCCAUACUAAUCACCUCUCCAAUUCUUAUCAUACCAGAUUUUACUAAACAGUUUAAACUUUCGGUAGAUGCAAGUGAUACAGGUGCAGGUUCAGUUUUGUCUCAGAAUGAUGUAAAUGACAUUGAACAUCCUAUAUGUUAUUUUUCAAAGAAAUUUAAUAGAUAUCAAAAGAAUUACUCUACCAUUGAAAAAGAAUGCUUGGCAUUAAUACUGUCUCUGCAACACUUUGAUUUCUAUUUGGGAACAACUUUAUAUCCUGUAAUUGUAUGUACAGAUCACAACCCACUUACUUUUAUUCAUAAAAUGAAAAAUAAGAACCAGAGGUUGCUCAGAUGGAGUUUAAUGUUACAAGAAUACAACAUUGUUAUUAAACAUAUAAAAGGUAGAGAUAAUGUUAUACCUGAUACCUUAUCUAGAGUAAAUUACGUGUUACAUUUAAAGUUUACAUUACAUUUAAACUUUUUUAAAGGGGGGAGGUGUCAUGUAUUACAUGAUAUUGUUAUGUGUGUAUAAUUGUCUCUAUGAUUAUAAUGAAUAAUCAGUUCAUUGUUGUUACUAAAGUUGUGGUGUGAUUCGUGAUGCUGGGGUUGCGGCAGAGGCAUGGCAACCAGCGGCAUGGUGGAGAUUUGUUGUGAAGUUUCGUGUGUAAAUUCUUUCAUUGCAUAGUUAGAUAUAAGUUAUUGUAUUAUUUUAUACCGUGUGAAUGUUCGGUAAUAUGUCUAAAUCAUCGUUGAUAACUCGUAUCAAGUUCGUUUCAUGAUUAUAGUAAGUAAUUCGCGAUAGAGUAGAAGAUUCCAGCAUCAACGCAGAUUCCAGAAUAGUUCGACCCACGUGACAUCGGAAUAUGAUGAAUUCGAAUAAAACGUUAAAGUCAGAUCCUGGUGUGGCAGAAUUCGACCUGAGUUCGUAUGCCAACAGUUCUCAUGAGCGCGGAUUUAUCAAUAGUGCUAAAGUUGGAAUCUCAAUCUGUGUGUGGAACAUUGCUGUUAAUCUUCUCUUAAUCUUCUUCAUUCUAUGUUUUCGUAGAACUCGGAGACAAUUUGUCAUGAUUCAGAUUACUAACAUUGCCGUGAUAGAUCUCUUAACAAGUGCAUUGGUGAAUACACUGACUAUUUAUUAUGAAUUUGAACAGUGGAAGCUAGGACAAACGAUGUGCGAAGCCUGGUUAAUCCUGGAUGUGAUGUUACCUUUUGCAGCCUUUCUGGGAAUCAUGUUGCUUUAUUUUGACAGAUUGAUAUUCGCCAUGAGGCCAUCAUUCUAUUACAGAUUAUUUAAUCAACUACCACAUCGCUGCAUCUAUCUGGCAAUUCCUUGGGUUUUGAGUUCUAUUAUUAUAGUUCCAAUAUGGUUAUUUUGUGAAGUAAACACCAUUAGGCUACAUUUUAUGUGCAUUUACGCUUUAACGGAAAGCGCCAUGGUGGCUUCGUGGGUUAUCGCCCUGUUUUUGCCUUGUAUGGGAUUAAUUAUGUUAACUGUUUUAGUGCUAGUAACCGUUGUUAAUCAAAUGCCGACCAAUCUCAACGAAUUCAGCAGCGUAACCUUCGAAGAGCAUCGCCUUAGCCAGCGUGCUCAGAGAGAGCGACAUUACAGCAUUGUUCUUGCUUUGUGCAUUGUAAGUUUUUGUGCCCUUGUGAUGCAGUUACCAUCUGGUACCAUCAUCUUGCCGAAAAAUUUGAGCUGGCUGAGAUCGGCAACACCCGGUGUGCGACCAAUCAUUUGGUUCUUGUUUACAGAGAUAAAAUUCUCGUGCUGUUGCUGUGUACACGCAGAAUCAGAUUCUACGGCACCAGAAGCAGUGCCAAUGACGUCAUACACUCAUCAAGAGGCGUUAACGUCUGUUAGUAAUGCUAACGGAAGUACCAUUGUUACAUGACUGGAUGAAAACGAUCAUGAAGAUACUAAAAAAAAUGGUGCUGAUAAAUUUAUUUCAUUGACGUUAGUUUAGAAUACAAAACUUAUAAAAUGUGUAUCCAAGGCAGUUAGUUUUAUGGUUGUCCUGACCGAAAAGUUUGCGAAAAUGUUCACGUUCAAAGACAGGGAAACUGAUAAAAUCAGACGUCCCACUAACCUUUAUACUAGAAGUCAUAUUGAGACAAUCAUACCGUUAUAUACUACAAGCACAUGCGCUGUGCUCGGAGAGAAUAUCUGCGGGACAGUGUCAUUUCCCCCUGGUCGUCUUCGAAUUCAACUUUCUAAGUUUAUGUUACGUGCAUGUGUAUUGGUGAAUUGCAGUGGAUAGGCAAUUCGUUGGUGACUGUUAAAGGGGGUACGAGAUACUUAGUUGUAGUUCUUUGCAUCGUACUAUGAAAUGACAAAUGAAAAUCGAAUAAUAAUUUUUAAUUAACGUUUUGUGAGAAAUAUUCUCACUUAGUUCAGUGGUUCCCAACCUUAUCUUGGUUGCGACCCCAUUCCAGAAACCAGCAUCUGAUCGCGACCCCUCGAAGAACAAAUUCACCUUUUACUAUGAAACAUCAUCAUUGUUUACUUUUAUUAUCGUUUCACUUUUGACAACUUAUUGUUUACAUUUUUCCACUUUUAUAAAAAUUGAGGAAAGACGAUUAGCAAUGUUGCAAGAGGUAUAUAGAUCAGAGAGGCAUAUGCUUUUCAUGAAAAUCAUGACAUUUUUUUAAAAAGGUUUCAGAGAAGUCCGUCACGACCCCACGAAAAGUGCUGUCGCGACCUAAAGGUUGGGAACCCACGACUUAGUGCAAAUGUGGUAGCAAACUUUGAUGCAAUUUUCUCUUUUUUUUUUUGGUACUUUUAAAAUUCUGGGAACCACUUUACGCCAACAGUAAGAAUUUUAAUGCUGCAUUCAAGGCUUGAGAUUUGCGGCUAGAGAUAUAAUUUGGAGAAACCAAAAGUAUUUUAUCUGAUCAUGUGGGUCAAAGGCCCUAUAUACAUUUAUAAAGGCCCUAUAUACAUUUAGGUGUUUCGUAGAAUUUGUAAUUAAUGUUGUUUUUAAUUGUUUCAAUGUGUCUUUUCAACUUGUCACUGUGUGUUUAAAUGAAAUAAAUAACAGGAACAAUUGUUGUUUUUCCUUGUUACUUGUUUCAAAAACUUCAUUAUCAAUUUUACGUUGCUAUUUUCUAUUUUCUUUCUCUCUCGAAUUGCCGAUUAUUGUUUUAAGAAUACAGAGAGGCGUUGAGUCAACUGGCGGGGUUUCGAUUCCCCGGAUGUACGUGACAAGGUGUAGGGUCGCCUGUCCAACCUCGUGGGUUUUCUCCGGGUCCUCUGGUUUCCUCCCACUGCUAAAGACCCCUACGCGCAAGCAAAUUAUUGAAAUAAAAAAAAAAAACAUAUGUUAGUCCGAAAUGACCUAGUUUGUGUCGAGUGGACGUUAAACCCCAUUUCUCUUUCUAUCUCAUAGCCCGAAACCUUUGGAUAAACUUGGCAACUUGUUGGUUGAUGACCAGUACAGAGAGUCAUAACUAUUGGACAAUAUUUAUGUUAUUUAUUUAAAAAUAAAUUGAGGGAUGACGUGCGAUUUGUCACGCGGAUUUCUUCGCUGACAUAAUUUUAGUUACUGGUACAUAUUUAUAGAAAAACUAAAUGCACUUCGUUCUUUUACCAGUCAAGCGGUGUGUCAUGAACAACUACUCAUCGAUCUUUCUAACUUUUAGACGUCAUACUCAUACGCUUUCGCUAAUAGAUGUUAUUACUACCCAACGAUCUUCCUAUCUUUAGAAAAUAAUUCGGUGAAAGAUCUAGGAUUCAGUUUUAAGUUUAGCACCACGACCCAAGAAAUACUGAAGUCCUAUGUUCCAUAGAGUUGGGGUCACUCUACUAUGUUUAAAUUCAUUCUUUAUUUUAUCUAAAAAUCAAUAUUAAGUUAAGACAGGAAGCUUAGUGUCUGUGGAUCUAAACCAAGACUAUACCAUGCAAGGAACCGAAAGCUUUUAGAUCCGAGAAUUUAAUUAAUAUUUCCAAUGCCCUGGUAUCCUUGAGCAAUAGCAUAAAUAACGUUCCCGAGACAUCCGUAAAUCAGACAAGUUUGAACGCCACGGUUAUGAUAUAUUUAAAAAAAUAAUCUUAACUGUAUGUGAUAAAAUAGUGAACUUGUUCAAUGUUUGAUAUCUAAGUAUUGCUAUUAUUAUAUAUGUUGUUAAUCUGUUGUAAUAUAUAUUUUGUACAUUCUUAUAUAGAGAAUCUCCUACGAAUCUUUUUUGAUAUAGAAAAAGACGAGUAGGAGAUUUUAUUUAUCCCCCAAUCCUUUGUUACAUGCACAAAUAAAUAAAUAUAAUUCUUUGCUAUAGAUUUAACUUUUACUGAACAUGAUUGCAUUACGGCGUAGUGAUGCAUCAUUUUUUGACAGCAAAUCAACCAGUGUUUCCACCAAAAAUGAACUGUUCUUUGAAAAUAAAAAAAGUAGUUUGUUUUUAACAGAUUAUGAAAUUUAUCACACAAGCGAUAUCUACUGUAGAAUGUAUUAUUGGGUGAUAAAUUUUAUUAUCUAUGUGCAUCUUAUACUAAUAUUUUUUAAAAACUAUUCACCUCAGAACCGAGGAGUGUUUAAAAAGUCAGGACGUCGUGGACCAGCAGGUGGUUGUAGCAAGACAUGAAAGCUAUAUAAAGAAACAAAUUAUAAUGAUAAACUACUCUACAUUUACGGGAUCACUCAAUUGACACAUUCUAUUUGUCUAAUGAUACACGCGUGUAACUUAUGUGAUGUGUACAGAAAUUGUGCCAUUAAUUUCGGUGGUUUUAUAACCAAUUUGUCUUCUACACUGACUUGUUCUGUACUGACCCGUCAUUUAUUACCAAAUUGACAGAAAGGUUUAAAUGGUCUCGGUAUAUGAGUUUUGCUUUUGCAUAGGAUGACUCGGCAAACCUCAGUAGAUUCCAGUACCAAACAUCUAGCCUCGGCUGUAUGACGAAGUCCGCCAUUGGAACUACUUUCAAGUUCCCGGAUUACCAACGGCGUUGCCCAUGACGACGCCUUUGAAGAAUGUUUUAUCAUACAAAUAUUUCAAAGUCUGCAGCUAUUUUUCUUUCAGGUUUAUCCGAUUUUCUUCAAACAAGGACAACUUUGCACUGAAAAUUCUACACACUUCUUUUUAAAAGCGGCAAGUUUCCCUAAUAAGUAAACCGGUGCUGCAUCGCAAUUGUAUAGGCGUAGGUACAUAUCACUUACCGUCAUACAGCCAAGGCUAGAUGUAGAGUAACGGAAUCUGCCGAGGUUUGCCGAGUGAGCAUAGGAUAAUACUUGAAAUAAAAUUAAUCUGACAUGGCUAAUUAAGCAGUGCACGUACGAAAUUUUAAGUAUUUUAUUUUUUAUAGAUUUGUCAUGUGUGUGAGACUGUACCAACCUUUUGUAUAAUUGUACGUGCCUAAAUUAUAUAAAUGGAUUUUAAACCA